AUGUUCUCAAAUCCCAGCAUCCUUGGGAAAGGAGUGGCUCUGCUUUCACACCAGCUGGUUGACCAGGAUGAAGUUAAAGCUGCCGUCCUAGGCUACAGAAAGUUCUACAUGAGCCAAUUAACUGACCUCACAGUUGAUAAUAGGGCGGUCAAACUGCUGGACUGCAGUUCCAGAUUUAGCAGGCCCCAGACGGCCCGAGAACAUGGAUUUCUAAAGUGCUUCCAUGUGAUGCUGCCGCUGGUCCAGACACCACGCUUUGGGAAGCGAGAACCACGACAGCGUGAGGUCCCAAUUUCCAAGGAAAAAUGGCCUGACAGAAUGUGGUUGCAGGACAUGAGUUUUGCUUUUCUUUUCAUGCAAGCAAGCUGUGUUCCACCGUGCCAGAACGGAGGGAUGUGUCUCCGGCCUCAACUCUGUGUGUGUAAACCGGGGACCAAGGGCAAGGCCUGUGAGACCACAGCUGUCCAGGACACCUCGUCACCAGGCUUUGGGGGGCAGAGUCCUGGGGCUGCUUCCUCCUGGGUCCCUCCUGAGCAAGCAGCAAAACACACUUCAUUGAAGAAGGCAGACAGUCUACCACGAGUCAGCCCCAUGGCCCAGAUGACCUUGACCCUCAAGCCGAAGCCUUCAGUAGGACUCUCCCAGCAGAUUCAUUCUCAAGUGACACCCCUUUCCUCACAGAAUGUGAUGAUUCAUCACGGCCAGACCCAGGAAUAUGUGCUCAAGCCCAAGUACUUUGCAGCGCAGAAGGUGAUUUCGGGAGAGCAGUCCACUGAAGGUUCGUUCCCUGCGAGAUACGGGCAGGGUCAAGUCACGGCACCUUUUCAGUUGAGUAACCACACUGGCCGCAUCAAGGUGGUCUUUACUCCGAGCAUCUGUAGAGUGACCUGCACCAAGGGCAGCUGUCAGAACAGCUGUGAGAAGGGGAACACCACCACUCUCAUUAGUGAGAAUGGUCAUGCUGCCGACACCCUGACGGCCACGAACUUCCGAGUGGUCAUUUGCCAUCUUCCAUGUAUGAAUGGCGGCCAGUGCAGUUCAAGGGACAAAUGCCAGUGCCCUCCAAAUUUCACAGGGAAGCUUUGUCAGAUCCCAGUCCAUGGUGCCAGCAUGCCGAAGCUGUAUCAGCAUUCCCAGCAGUCAGGCAAGGCAUUGGGAACGCAUGUAGUCCACUCCACACAUACCUUGCCUCUGACCAUGACUAGCCAACAAGGAGUCAAAGUGAAAUUUCCUCCCAACAUAGUCAAUAUCCAUGUGAAGCACCCUCCUGAGGCUUCAGUCCAGAUACAUCAGGUUUCAAGAAUCGAUGGCCCAACAGGCCAGAAGGCAAAGGAAGCUCAACCAGGCCAAUCCCAAAUCUCUUACCAAGGGCUUCCCGGCCAGAAGACCCAGACAGUACAUUCCACAUACUCUCACCAGCAAGUCAUCCCCCAUGUCUAUCCCGUGGCCGCUAAGACACAGCUUGGCCGGUGCUUCCAGGAAACCAUUGGGUCACAGUGUGGCAAGGCGCUCCCUGGCCUUUCAAAGCAGGAGGACUGCUGUGGAACUGUGGGUACCUCCUGGGGCUUUAACAAAUGCCAGAAAUGCCCUAAGAAGCCAUCUUAUCAUGGAUAUAACCAAAUGAUGGAAUGUCUACAAGGUUAUAAGCGGGUUAACAACACCUUUUGUCAAGAUAUUAAUGAAUGCCAGCUACAGGGCGUGUGCCCUAAUGGUGAGUGUUUGAAUACCAUGGGCAGCUAUAGAUGCACCUGCAAAAUGGGAUUUGGGCCGGAUCCCACCUUUUCAAGUUGUGUGCCGGAUACCCCUGUGAUCUCUGAAGAGAAAGGGCCCUGUUAUCGUCUUGUCAGUUCCGGAAGGCAGUGUAUGCACCCUCUGUCUGUUCACCUCACCAAGCAGCUCUGCUGUUGUAGUGUGGGCAAGGCCUGGGGCCCACACUGUGAGAAAUGUCCCCUUCCAGGCACAGCCAAGGAAGAGCCAGUGGAGGCCCUGACCUUCUCCCAGGAACACGGGCCAGGAGUGGCGGAGCCAGAAGUGGCAACUGCACCCCCUGAGAAGGAAAUACCUUCAUUGGAUCAAGAGAAAACCAGAGUUGAGCCUGGUCAACCCCAGCUCUCUCCAGGCAUCUCAACUAUUCAUCUGCACCCACAGUUUCCAGUAGUGAUUGAAAAAACAUCACCUCCUGUGCCUGUGGAAGUAGCUCCUGAAGCUUCUACAUCAAGUGCCAGCCAAGUGAUUGCACCUACUCAAGUAACAGAAAUCAAUGAAUGUACUGUGAACCCCGAUAUCUGUGGAGCAGGACACUGCAUUAACCUGCCCGUGAGGUAUACCUGUAUAUGCUAUGAGGGCUACAAGUUCAGUGAGCAACAGAGGAAAUGUGUUGAUAUCGAUGAAUGCACUCAGGUCCAGCAGCUCUGCUCCCAGGGACGCUGUGAAAACACGGAGGGAAGUUUCUUGUGUAUUUGCCCAGCAGGAUUUAUGGCCAGUGAGGAGGGUACCAACUGCAUAGACGUUGACGAGUGCCUGAGGCCAGACGUGUGCGGGGAAGGGCACUGCGUCAACACCGCGGGGGCCUUCCGGUGCGAAUACUGCGACAGCGGUUACCGCAUGACCCGGGGAGGCCGUUGCGAGGAUAUUGACGAAUGCUUGACUGCAAGCACUUGUCCAGAUGAGCAGUGUGUGAACUCUCCUGGGUCUUACCAGUGUGUUCCCUGCACAGAAGGGUUCCGAGGUUGGAAUGGGCAGUGUCUUGAUGUGGAUGAAUGCCUGGAACCACAGGUCUGCACAAACGGUACUUGCUCCAACCUUGAAGGCUCCUACGUGUGUUCAUGCCACAAGGGUUAUACCCCGACACCAGACCACAGGCACUGCAAAGGUAAAUGCUGUGAUCAGAUUUGUUUUUUAUUCGAACUGCAUUUAAGAAUGUGUUAG